GCGGCGACGUCGGAGGGGAAGCCGUGGACGAAAAGUUCCAUUUCCCUUUUUGGGGCAAAAAUCGUUUCCGCCUCGGUACCCAGAAUGCCCCGCGCGCGGCGGAAGUGACGCACGCGGAAGCGGGAAUGGAACCUCCGACGGCGGAGGAGCUGCGGGAGCGGCUCCAGGAGCGGCUCCAGGCCGAGCACGUGGAGGUGCAGGAGAACCCCCAGCUGUGCCGGGGCAGUUUCCGCCUCGUCGUCGUUUCCGGAAUUUUCCGCGGCCUCAAAACGCUGCAGAGGCACCGACUCGUUAACGAGGCGCUGAAGGAGGAGCUGGGCCGGAUCCACGCCCUGGAGCAGCGGACGCUGACGCCGGAGCAGUGGGAGGAGCAGCGCGGCUCAUUAGCAUAAAUUUGCAUAUCGAUUUCCGCCCCCCCGGCUGCGUUUGCAUGGAUUUGCAUAAAUUAUCUCCGCCUGGCUCUCAUUUGCCUGAAUUUGCAUAAUGCUAAUAAACAUUCCUCGUUUUAA